AAAUUUAAAUGGGAGGUAGGAUCAGCAGUUGGAAGGGUCAGUGAGACUUUUCAGGAAUCAGGAGGAAAGGAAAAAUUUACUGCGAUUCAGACACACAGCAAUGGUGACUACAAGAAGACAGGCGGCCUCUGCAACUCCGGACCCGAAAACGCCCCAAAAUGCUCCGAAUCCCAACCCAAAUACCCGAAACCCUCGAACACCAUUUUCCACCACGGCCAUCAUCUCCGCCUCCGUCAAAUCUGUCUUAUUGCAUGAUUGGUGGCUGGUAAAGGCAAAAGGAAAGGGCUUGGCUGUUGGAGGUCUUUCUUCUAGAGAUGGACUAGGAGUAAGAGUUUUUAGCUCAGCAGAAAUUUCCAAGAGACACACGGCCACUGUUCUUGAGACAGCAGAUGGGAUCAUGGUUACAGUUACUGGCUUCUUAGAUAGGUCUCGCACGCAUCAAAAUGGCCUUCCCCCUGAGCUAUACAAUCACUUUCUGCUUGGAUUUCCAUUUAACUGGGAGGAGUACGUUGCUGUUGAUUUGGGUGAAGAUUCUACUGACAUAGCUGCAUCAUUGAGGAAAUCAGCUUCUCAAAAGUUCAACAUGCCUUCAAGAAACAACGAAAGGAAUUCCUUACCAUUUUCUUUAGAUGAUCUCUCAGCGACAAAGGGACGAGAUAUAUUAAUGUUAGGUUAUGGAGACUCCGAUUAUCGUUCACUAGUGAAGAACAUUUUCAGUGAUAUACUGGGAACAUCCAAGGACAAUGCUUUUGAGUGUACCGGGUCAUCAAUCAAUUUAAAUGUGGAAAAUAGUUGUCCGGUUGAAAAUGUAGAUUCUGGAACAACUAAAACUCCAACAAAGCAUAAGAAGGUUAUUGUUCAAGAUGACAAAAACGUGAUCACGGAAACCAGUAGGGUAGGGGUUUCCACAAGAAGCAUGACUAGGAGUGUUUCCACAAGCAGAAUGACUAUAAGGAAGAUUUCCACAAGAAGCAGCACCAGAAGAAAGUUGUAGCCCACCAGCUUUUCCGUCAGAGCCUAUGGGAACUAAAUCGGAGGGGCAAAAAACAGUAAGUGCUGAAAAUUUGAGUCAUGCUGCCACAUCAUCUGGUGAGGGUAUAGGGGCUGAAGUCAGAAUAUGAAGUGCAAGGCUGAGGAAUUUUGAAAAUAUCUGCAAGGCACAUCUCUAAAUUACAACUGUAACUUUUUGGAGUGGGUUCUUAUUUUGAUGGGUUUUGAUCCUUCGAAGAAUGCUACGCUUACUGAAAUCAUAUGUCCAAAUCAAAUUCAAAAGCACUGUAGCAUCCUUGGUUUCAAGCAAUAUGCAUAUUUUCUUGCAA